AUGGUGCAUCCUUUGAAGGAAUCAAGCAGCUAUAGGAACUUAUACGGAUUGUACAUUAAAAGGCUAAAAAGAAGGACACUUCCGGUUCCUGUGUCGUGUUUGGUAUGCGGCGACAAAUCGUACGGGAAACAUUAUGGAGUAUUUUGCUGCGAUGGUUGUAGCUGUUUCUUCAAAAGAAGCAUCAGAAGAGGAAUUGUGUAUAGUUGCAUAGCUGGUACUGGAAAUUGUGUUGUUGAUAAAGCCAGAAGAAAUUGGUGUCCAUUUUGCCGCUUGCAAAAAUGUUUUCGAGUCAGCAUGAACAGAAAUGCUGUUCAAGAGGAGCGAGGACCAAGAAAUAACAAAAAAACAGCAAAGGAAAUUCCAGAAGCAGGUACAAGUAACAGCAACUCCGAGACAAUGCAAAAGAAUCCUCAUCGUUGCAGCAGCAGGGCUUUGAAAGUUUCUUCUGGAAGCGAUCCUCCUGUCAGUGCUUUUCGCCCAGUCUAUCCAGGACCAAGAUUUGCACCUUUGUCCUUGCAACCUGGCUAUAUAAUUGGCUGUGCAGUACCUCCAGAAGCGGCUAUGGUGUUUCGGCAAAUAGCCGCUCACAUUCUGCUAGUGAGUUUUAGGAGAGCUCGAAGCAACGAUCUUUUCUGUUCUCUGCCGCCAGCUGAUCAGUCUGUAAUUUUACAAGAUGUAUGGGGAGAAUUGUUUCUCUUACAAGCGGCUUACUGGCCGGUUGAUAUUCUUAUAGUGGCAAAGCAUAUUGAAGAAGAUGGAAAGAUUUUGCCAAGGCGAGUGGUUUCUGCUAUAAUAGAAUGUCGACAACUGCAACUUGACCUUCUGGAAAGAUCCUUAUUAGAAACUAUUAUUUUGGCAAGGAAAGAUUGCACCAAGCCUCUUCUUGCUCCCAGUCAUGUCGACAUAAUCCUGGAACAGGCACAAACUACACUUGAGCAACACAUGCUACGCGUCAGAAGCAAAGAAACUGGAGUCUUUGGAAGAACUCUCUUGGUUCUGCCGUGCCUGAGAUCUAUUCCUCAGCGGCUUCUUUUAGAAAAUGUAAUUGGACUGUCGGAUGAAGAUAUUAGAAGACUUUUCUGAGUCAUAUCAGUUUUAUCAUAUUCAGUGUAUUAUAUUUAAGCACCUCUACCUUACCACUUCAUUAACUAUUGGAGGUCGUUAAUUUUUGCAUGUCAAGUUAUGAAUGAUAUGUUGACGCUGCUUUAUUUAGCAUGAUUCUUCAGAUAAUAUUAAAAAAUCCGUUGCCUUAAAUCAGAAUAUUAUCAAAACAAAUUUGGAAUUUUGAGUUUUAAUCUUCAAUGCCUGUUAUUUUUAUUAAUUAAAAAUAAUUAUAGUUUAACUCCGAUUUAACUACUUUUCAUUCGUACGGCCCGGAAACGUACGAAACUAAAGGAAUAUUACACCAUAUUGAAAAUUUCUUUUAAAAGUUGUAUUUGUUUAGUGUGUGCUCAAAACAUGAAAAUGAUAGAUAAUUAAUAAGAACAAACCCAGUUUAGCAUUUUAUUACGUUCAUCAUGUUUAAAAUCGAGUUAAGGCAAUCUUUGAUUCAACUAUAAUACUGAUUUAACGAACGAUAAUUUUCAGUAUUCUAACUGAAAAUCGGCAAAAGUACUAACUUCUAAAAUUUGGAUAAUAAUUUUAAUUUUCUGAAAUUUGUGCUAAGAAUUUAUUUUCAUUUAGCUUCAUAGAAUUUAUUCUUCCCAUAUUAUUAUAGAACUCAGAUACAAGAAAUAGUCAAUAAAACUCGUAAAUGUAGUAAAAUUUCUGAGUUAAUAAAUUAUUUCAUCGUUUGAAUUCUGCCUUGAACUUGCAGAUGGUAAACCGAAAACGCAUAACGGAAUUUUAAAUAUGUUAGAAAUGGAUGCCAAUAAAGUCUUGAG